AUGUUGAGAAACGCUCUUCGUGCCGCUUCAAAAGUUUCGGCUGUUGCUCAGAGUGCUCGCGCGCUCAGCACUACGAGCGCGGUGUUGUCGGUGAGACCGCUUGGUCCGAAGAACAAGGUGCCCGCUUUCAAGGGAACCGCGGUGGUUGAUGGCGAUUUUAAGGUGAUUUCCGAUUCGGACUACAAAGGCAAAUGGUUGGUGAUGUUCUUCUAUCCGCUCGACUUCACGUUCGUGUGCCCGACGGAGAUCAUCGCGUUCGGCGAUCGCGCGAAAGAGUUCCGCAAACUCGGCGCCGAGGUUAUCGCGUGCUCGUGCGACUCGCACUUCUCGCAUUUGGCGUGGGUGAAUCAGCCGCGCAAAGACGGCGGUCUCGGCGAAAUGGACAUUCCGAUUCUGUCCGACUUCAACAAGAAGAUCGCCGAGAGUUUCGGUGUGCUCGACGCCGAAAUCGGAUUGGCAUUCCGCGGAUUGUUCCUGAUCGAUCCGUCGGGCACCAUUCGACACACGACGUGCAAUGAUUUGCCGGUGGGACGAUCGGUGGAUGAGGUGUUGCGAGUGCUCAAGGCGUUCCAGUUUUCCGAUAAGCACGGAGAGGUUUGCCCAGCUGAUUGGCAUGAGGACUCGCCGACGAUCAAGCCGGGAGUUGCGUCGAGCAAAGAAUAUUUCAACAAAGUCAACAAAUAA